UGACAAUGCAACCCUUGCUUUCAGUUUCGUUUUCUGUCUUUGCAGGAUGUUCCUGAAAAAGAAGAAUCCAAACUGACAAUUUUACGCUGAAGCCCCGAAGCGUGCGUUAAUACAAUGAGUGCCCAAUCAGAUUUACAAACAAAACUGGACAAGCUUGAAUGCCACUUCACAUGGGGCUUUGUCAAAGAUGAAAUGGAUCAACUUCAUUACAAUUAUAAAAAGCUGCAGGAUCGAGUCAAUUUCUGCAAAAACCAAUACAAGGCAACGUACUUGAACAUUCUUGCAUUUGUAUCUUAUCUGAAGGGAGAUAAUGAAGGUGCACUUAAAUUUGUGAAGGAGGCCGAAGUCGUCACACGACUAGAAUAUCCCUCUAAAGAGGUUAAUUUGUUGGUGACAUAUGGAAACUAUGCCUGGAUAUUCUAUAAAAUGGGUUGCUUUUCAGAUGUGGAAUCCUACCUUGAUAAAAUAGAAGGCAUCUGCCGAAGCUUACCAGAUGCCACCCAGUUUUCGACAGAGAUCCCUGUGAUUUAUGGAGAGAAGGCUUGGGCCCUGUUAAAACUUGGGUUUAAAUACUAUGAGGAUUCUCAAAAAUGUUUCCAAAAAGCUCUUCACGGAGACCCAGAUAACCCUUCAUUUAAUUUUGGGUAUGCUGUGGUUCUUUAUCGACUUGAAGAACACAGAAGUCCACAAAUUGAAUUAGAGUUAAGUGAUGCUGUAAAGCAACUGAAAAAAGUUGUGAAACAGGACUCUAAAAACUCAGAAGCUUUGGUGCUACUGGCUCUUAAACUGCAAAAAUUUGGAAAGGAGGAAUCAAUCAGUUUAAUUGAAGAAGCCCUCUGCAUUUCUCCUGAUGUGCCGCAUGUAACCCGUUAUGUAGCAAAAUAUUUCAGGGUUGAAGGAUAUGUUGAAAAAUCCUUGGAUAUUUUACAGAAAGCAUUGGAAAUGACCCCAAGUUCUGCAUUUCUGCACCAUCACAUUGGCUUAUGUUACAAACGGCAACAUGCUGAAUUGCAAAGGAACAGAAAUCCUAAACAUCGCAGAUAUUCUGCUAUAACUAUGGAUAAAGCAAGCAAUUGUAUUGACCAUUUUGAAAAGGCAGCCAAACUGCAGCCCUCUAAUAUAUUAUUUCAAGUUAGUUUAGCAGAAAUAUAUGGGGAUAUUCACAAGUUUCACAAAGCUGAGAUGAUAUACAGUGACCUUCUAAAAGCCAAGGCAGCGAGUGACUCGGAUUUGCAGCUUUGCCAUUUCUCUUAUGCAUUGUUUCUGCUCUAUAAAAAAAAAAAUGAGCAUGCUGCCAUUGACCACCUCAUAACCACUUAUACAAUUCCAUGUCAGACACCAAAAAGGCAGAAAGCGGGCGCAAAGCUAAAACAAAUUGCUGAAAGGCGCCUUGAGAAAAAUAAAACAGACAGAGCAGCUUAUGACAUUUUGGCUUUUAUUCACAAGGAGGAUGGAGAGCAGGUAACAGCUUUAGAGUCUUACAGAAAGGCAACAGUGCUCUCGAGCCAUGAUGUUGCAAACCUAGGACCCCUUCUUGAGAAACAGCUACAGAUAAAAUGAAUGUACACAAAAACAAACAAGCAGGAUAUAAUGAGUUUGAAUUAAUACAUAAAUAAUCAAUUUUCUAAACUGGCUUUUUCCAUUAUAAAAUUGCAGGGAAUCAGAAGCAUUGAGCAUGGGGCAGUAAACAUCUAAGGAUGACCCUCACACAUAUCAAAUGUCAAGCCAUUGUAAAAAAAUGAUUAGAAUGUGAUGUGUGUCUUUAAGAUGUUGAAGGAAACUAAAUGUAACCAGAGGAAAUCCACAUAGACCUAGUGGGAUCUUGCAGACUCAACAGAGGGUCUGUCUCAAGUAACCAUAGAUAAGAAGCCCACCCUCUCCAUAUUUAGCUACUUAAUUAUUAAACUAAGUGGGCCAGGCACAAGACAGGGUUUGAUUUAUAUGUGAUAGAAGUUCACUGCAAACCAAACAGCACACAAUUAGAUAUUUACUAAAAAAAUGUUGAAAACAUAUAUAGUAAUAACUACAACCUAAGAAAUGUUGUUUCCAGGCAUUUGAGAAUAUUCCCUUUGUCAUAAGAUUACAAAAAGCUUUUUUUUAUUAAUUCAAAUUAUCCACCUGUUUUUAUUUUUCAAGUUUAAAGUUUUGGGGAGUUGCUAUCUAUAUCAGCAGCACUGGGUAUAUAAAUCGGCUCUGCACAGGGCAUCAGUCCAUUGCAGGGCACACUUACACACACAUGCACAUUCAUUCAGACAGGACCAAUUCGAUUUUCCUCGAUUAACCAAGCAUCAGAAACAAAUCCCUUCCAAUGUUUUCUCCAGAUGAUGCCAGAGUACAUUUAGGUGAACCAUCCCUCUGUCCUAUUUCUUCAUGAAAUUACUCAUUAAUUAGUAAAAGAAGGUGGUAUGGUGGCUUAGUAGUGAGUACCACUGCCUCUUAGAUAUACUCCUAUAGAAUCCUCUACUAUCUGGUCAUCAUCUGGGUGGAGUGGGAUUUUUCUUCUGGUAGUCCAGCUUUACUGUGCAUCUCAAAGAUGUUGUGUGUUAGGGUGAUUGGCAACUCCAAACUGGCCCAAUGUGCCCUGUCCAUCAUUAAUUCUUGCUUCCUACCUAGUGCUGCAGGGUGAGGAAUCGGCUCUUUACCACCUUGAACUAGAUUAAGUGGGUUUAAGAAUGCCAUGUUUUCUUCUUGCUGUGACUGUCAAAACCAAAACUGUACUUAGCAUCAAUGGGUUUCAAACAGCAAUGUCAAAGAUCCAUGUCUUACCACUUACUGUCUGUUGAAGCCAUUGCAGGCAUGUUUUCCAGACGUGGUCAUGUUAAUCUUGAAAGCACAGAGAAACUUCUCAGAUUCAUGUCCAGCACCGCAAUUAGACCAAAUAUCCCUUCUCUCUCUAAUAAAUUCUCCAUACUUCACAUGAGGUACUUGAGAUUUACACUAUUCAUUGACCGGGACUGACUCAUUACAGAGUAUCCCUGUAUUCAAGGUCCCCCACUAAAUGCUUUUGGUUUGUCUUUUUCAUGCACUUUU